GGUGCGAUUUUGCCACCCACACACAUACUCUAGCAUUAUAUUUCUGUUAUAUCCGUAUCACAAAAGAGCCGCGGAACCUUUCGUGGCGGUCCGAUGACCGUUGCGCGUAAACAUUUGUGUCUGGUUUUUUUAUUUAUAUCUUUAAUGUGAAUUAAGUAUUUUUUCAAUGAAAGUGUAUGAAUGGAAAAGGCCGGUUAAUAUUCAGUGAAUAUUAAAUAAUCGGACUUUGAAUAAAUAAAAAAGAAAAUUUUUAAACUUACGAGAUAGUUUAACGAGUAUUAAUACGUAUUUCUACAGUAGCCGCGACCUUUCGGCUGAGUACACGUAGAAAGAACUACUUUUUUCUCAAGAGAGAGCAAUGCAUUCUUAAUUGUGUAUGCUUUAGUUCAAGAAAUUCUAGCAAACUUUAGUAAACCGUGAUAUUUUCCAUAAGAAAAUGGGUUUAGUUUACAUAAUAUUAAGUGCUUUGCUGAUGCAUUGUGCAGCAGCAUCAUCUUUGGCAGCUCCACCAGAUUCAGCAGUAGUUAUUGCAUUUGAGGAUGUGUAUGACUUGUCUUUGCUUGCUUAUACAAUAUCUGAUCUUGGAGUUCAGACUACAUUUGUUGUUCCAUCAGAUGAGAAUAACUUUUACGAACGAUUGAAUGAAACUGAAGAAGUGAUUAAGGUUGAUGCUAGUCAUGUUAAGUCUACUGAUACUAAGGAUGUUAGAGCUUUGAAGCUUUGCGAAAGUUUUAUCUCUCAUCGAGAAACACAGAAGCAGAUUCAUAGGUUUGAACCUACAUUUGUUAUUUUCCCAGGAGUCAGACAUGAUGCAUGCUUGUUACCAUGGGCAUCCUCUAUAAAUUCUAUUCCUGUUAUCUGGGCUCGAGGCCAUGAUGAAGAGCUAUAUGUGUUUAUAAAAACUGGAAUGGCACUGCCAGUUCAUCAGUCAGGACUUAUACAAGGCAUUUUUGAGAAUGUUAAUCUGAAGUUUAACUUAUGGUCUAUAGAUAGAAAUUAUAUUGGUCCAACUCAGCAAAUGAUGAAAGAAAAGAUGCCACAAGGUGAUGCUCCUUUGAAUAACUUGUAUUCUUCUGUUCAAUUAGUACUGUGGGGUGCAGAUCCAGUUUUGAGAAUGAACUCAGCUCCACUUACCCAAUUGAUACCAGAGAUUGGAUGUCAUCAUUGUCGUGGCAAUCAACCUCUGCCUUCUGAACUCCAGAAAGAUCUGGUUCAAUUUAAAACUGGUACAGUUAUUGUACUUUUAGAUAAGGAUCAUGGACCAAUGAUUCUAGCUGUUGCAAAGAAAUUAUAUGACAGUGCUACCGUACAAACCCCAGUGUCAAACAGCUUAGCUGUAAUAUGGAAGAAUAAACAAGCAAGAAUGUCUGACAAGCCAAACAACCUUUUUAUUCAUAAAGAUGUUGACAGACAAGAUCUUAUAGGCUACUCCAGAGCUCGUUUAGUAUUAGCCCAUUGCACUGAUUCUGAAUUCUUGGAAAGUGCGUUCCACGGUACCCCAAUAAUCUGUUUUCCGCGUACACUAGACGAGUGGCGUAAUUCCCGCCGAGCUGCCGAUUUAGGUUUUGGUCACACCGAGAAAAUCGAUUCAAUGUCAGAUACUGUGGUUGAGAUCGUCAUGGAAAUGCACGAAAAUACCAAAUAUCGAGAAAAUGCCAGGAUUGUUUCUCAAGCGAUUCGUGAUAGAUCAAAUCACGCGAUGGAUAGGCUCAUUUAUUGGCUACGUUACACCGAGAGACAUAAGGGUGAGGGUAAAAAUCUACUGGUGCCAAAGAAAGUGUCGACAUAUGAUGAGAUUAUACAGUGGGUUAUUGGUUUUCUUUUUGGUGUACUUUUCUCUGUCAUGGCCACAGUGCUCUUCUUUUUCUUACAACAGGUCAAUGAGAACAAGAUUAAAGAACAAAGGAAGAAACACCAUAGAAAAUAAUGUGAUAUUAUAACGAAUUUUGUUAUGAUCUAAAAUUUUUUUCCACAUGAUUUCAAGUUCAAUUAUAUUAAAUUCUUUUUUCAUUAUGAAUUUCCACGAUUUAGUGUAUAAAUAAAAAAAUUUGCUAUUUCGUAAGAGACUGAUAUAUAUAUGCACUAGAUUUUUUUUUAACAUACAUAUGCAUACUUUUAAUGUUCAUUCAUGUGCUUGCAUUCACAACAAUGAGGCAAUUAAUGUAAGUGAAAACAAAUAUCAGGUUCUUAAUUUUUUACUUUUCUACAUUUUUUGUAACAUGUUAAUAUUUUGAAAAUAAAUACAAAUUCAUGUAUUAAAUAAUGAAUGAGCUUGAAUCCUGCAUUUAAACACUAAAAAUUUCAUUGAAUUGACUAAACAAAUCAGCGUUUUCUUUUAAGUUUUGAUGCUUAUAUUCAUUAAUCUAAUAAG